AUGGAGUGCUAUAUGAGGUUUGCCGGCAACGCGGAUGAUAUGAAGGCGGACCUGCUGCAACCGCACUUAACGAACGAGGAGCUCCACCAGCUUCUGCUUGAGAGCAUCGGGCACUGGAAUGUUCAAGAGGCGAAGUAUCGCCCGAACAAAGCACAUUCAUCGGGUCGUUGGAAAGGGUUUGCUAGGUUUUGGACGUUCCUACGACUGAUCCACACAUCCUUGCAAGCGUUGAAGGCUUCAUCGGUGGAUGUCGAAGAUGGCGACCAAGACCUGCAAGACCCUCCAGAAGAGGCUGCUGGUGGUGGACUUAGCGGCCCUAAGGACCUUCUGCAGAAGCUCAGGGCUAUGCAGCAAAAGAAGCCAGUGAUGGACGUUGUCUGCAGCGUUUUGCAAGAUGACCAAAUCCGAAAGCUUGGCUGGUUGAUCUGGUCGUCGCGAAUUGUAUUGCAGCGAUCUUACCAAACACUGCUUGAGCAGCUCUCCUCGAAUGAGAAUGCGGCACGAGACCUCCAGAUUAACUGGGCCAACAGGCACUGGGCUGCUGAGAUCGGCAACAUUUUCCUUAUGCUGGGCAACGAAGAAAUCCUCCAUCGCUUGGGGUUGCUUGCUGGUGCAGAUGAUGUUGCUGAGACCAACCGCAUGGCCAAAAUGCUGGGUGAGAUCCUUGUCAGGACAGCCAGCCAGCGUUGCUGGACAAUGGCUAGCUGGUCUGAACUACCUCCUUUGAACUGGUCCUCAGUCUUGUCCCAAGACCCUGAGGAGGCAAGAGCCGGCUUGGAUCGGAUUCGUGGAGACCAAGAAUCGGUUGAAGCAGCAUGGUCCUACCUGAAUUCUGCAGAUUUUCAUGAAGAAUCUCAGGGCUUAAAGUUUGCCUUCGACAACUUGUGGGUCCACCGCUUGACGUUGGUGCAAGAAUCUGGGCGUGUUGUGAGUCAAGUGUUUGUUUUCAUUGAACAUGGGCAACGCUAUGCUCCAAAACCUACUUUGCACAUGGGACCGAUGAUGCUUGUUGCCAGGGUCGUCUCAGAAUGUCUGCAGGAAACAUGGCAACAUUGCCGGCAUUUUGGAUGGCAUCCAGACUCCUAUUACAACCACUUUUGGAGACUAGCAUCAACUUUGAUCAGUACAAAGGACCUACUCGAGGACGUGUUUGCAGACAUUGCAGACCAUGAAGAGCGAGACAAGAAAUCAUCCACUCCCAUGAUGCCCGAGACAGUUUUCUUCUAUAACACCAUGUCAGAACGGCUUGGCAACGUCCCUUUUCUGCAGAUUCAGGCCGGCGACUUCACUUCCGCGGCUGCUCGCAAGUUUUCAGCUGGCCGGGGUGAGACGUUCGGAGAAAAGUUCAAGAUCAAGAACGCCGUUACUGAGAAAAUGAAGGAGUGUUGCAAGCAUCGUGAUUCGAGCAGCGCUGUGAAGCCAAGUGGCCAAGCAGCUGACUUUCGCUCAAUUGGCGCUAUGCUUGCCCUUCGUGAGCUCGGCCCAUCUCGUUUCCAUGGGAUUGGGGGGUGUUGGGUUGGAUGCCUACUACAAGAAGGCAUGGUCUACCGGCACCUGUCCAGCAAGAAGGUUUACCUUUCCCUGGGGUUUCAGCAUCAAGCCCUAUUCGGAUGGGAGCUUGAAGAGCUGGAGGAUGAGACCAAUGGGACUUUCUUCUUCCUUGCCGAGUCACGCAUGACCGUGCAACAGUUUAUCGGCAAGUUGGAGCCAAUAGUUGCGCAUGAGCUUGGGCAGGGGAAAGAAGCUUUUGCAGGCGUUCCAUGUCCUCCAUGCACCAGGACCUGCCGUGAGCAGGAUGGGGUGGUGCUGCGAAAGGAUGGGGACGAGUCUCUUUUGCUCCCUUUCUGGUUGCGCUAUGGGGUGUUGAAUCCCACCAUCAAGGCGCACUUGCCAAAGCUCAUCUUUGCUUCUGGUGCGCCACUCUUGAAAUACAAUGAGAAGACCGUGGGCGUCAAAAGCAGGAUGUCCUUGAUCAAACACAGCUUCCCGGAUAUGGAUGAGGUGCGUCAAGCGGAGGUUCUGGAUCGUUUGUUGCAGUCAGACGCCACAAUCAAAUCCAAACUCAUCCGGCCAGACUCUCUCAAAGACGUGCUGGUAGAAAUGGAUGGGACCACCGACGGAAAAUUGUUCACUGACAUGAAAGAUAUGCUAGACCAAGAAGAUCGAGAAACAUUUAUCUUGACGCGCUUUGCAGCCCCACGGGCUGCCGCAGAAGCUGCUACUCCAUGGUACAUAAAGAACUUGAGGCCUCCCAUGACCAAGUGCUACCUGACCUGGCAGGUUGCCACAAAGUCUUUCCAAGGCUACUACCCCAAAACUUUGGAUGAGAGCCAGCGAAAGAAUCCCAAAGUCAAGACACAUUGGUCAACAUCUCGGACAUUUGGAGAGAAAUGGACUACUGAGCAGGCACUCACGCAAGUCGUUCGUUUCCUGUGGAGAAAGCACAAGAAAGGUGGCCACGAAUGCUCUUUGGAACCCAACAAGCAGAAAAUUUCGGAUGGUUUGGAAAAGGCAUCCAUGGUGCUGGAGGGGACGAUCGAGGAUUGCCAGCCAGAUGUUUUGGAGGACGCGCCUGAUGACAAGACUACUGAUGAGGUCAUGUCAAAGAAUGCAGAGGAGGUGCCGGAACGGGAAACAUCGAAUGAAGGAAAUGAUGGCCAAGUCCAAGCCAUGUCUUCCAGCUCAAUUUCUGAGUCUGAUUCUUCGGGCGAUGGUGACCCUGACGGUGCAGCUGCCUCUUCUUCCAAAGCCAAAGGGAAAAGUCAGAAGUCAAAAGCAGAGUCCAAGAAGGGCGCUGCAGCAAAAGGAAAGGCUAAGGCCAAGAACAGAAAGAAACAAACUCCAAAAAAUGAGCCUGCACCCAAGACAGGCGGAACCAAACGAAAAUUGCAGGAAUUAGAUACCAGCAGCGUUGUGAUCCCCAAUCACAUGAAGGUGAAGGCUGCCUUUGGGGAUAUCAAGCGAAAGCCAAAGUGA